AUGAGUCCGGAUGUCUAUCAGCCCUCUGAGCUAGACUCUGAAGUGGCCAUCUACGGAGCCCCAGGGAUGCUGACAACACACAGGGCCGAGUUAGCGAGGCAUCACCCGCGCACUGUGGCCGCGGUUUCUGUCGACGAUGAUGGGAUCUACCAUCCAAGCGUUCCGGCUGGAUAUGAGGAGUCUGCAGCGAAUGUUAAGAACGACGAUCUUGCAGAGCUCUCUAAAUUCUGGAUUUCUCUAGGGAUUCCUCCGGGAGAGCGAGACAAUGCCUACAUGAAGGUCAUCGAAGAUUCUAAGCUCCUAAAUAAAUACAUCGAUCGUCUUGCUAUUCUAAGCUAUUAUCACCAACUAUAUAAAGAGCUCUUUGCGGCGCGUGAGAAGUGUAAGGCAAAUAUCAACGGCUCCUUGUCCGGCACCCAAGGCUCUCGACAUGAUCUUACUGUCUUACUUCUCUCCCUCAGGAACCUGACGCUUCGCCUCUUCACACUUGUCAACGCUGCCAGGACACUAUGCCAAAAGCCUAUCCUCUUUCCAUCUAUGAAGCUAGCCCCCGGAAAGGGUUUCAACACAGAAGAUGACUGGAUAACCUACAUUAAGGAGGAGUCCUUUAUCACUCCUAGCGUUGCGGAGCUCAUCUUCAUCGUCCUCAAGUUCUUUCCCUCUAUGACACCCUCAGCGAUCAAUGAGAAGGUCUCCGCCUUCUUCAAUACAGCCCUUUCAGCCGGGCGCAUCUUAUUUGGGAAGCAUCUCCUUGGAAGUGCCUCCAGUGGAUAUAAGGACGGCCAGAAUAUGGCUAUGACUUCCUUAAAAGCCAGUUCCACCUCGAGCGACACUCUUUGUGAAGUUCUGGGCUAUAGUAGACCUCUUACAGCGGCAGACAUUUCUCUACACCUUAUUCUAGGGAUAAACUUUGAGACUCCCUUCACAGACAGUGAUCUCCCCGAAAAGUGGUUGCAGCAGCUCGAGAAACGAAGUGGUGGAUCCAUUGUGAACGCGUUCCAGUACAACAACGAUACAGCCGAGCCAGAAACACUUUCUCCAAGGAUUGUCUGGGAUAUGGUGAAGUGUGAGAGCAUGGUAAGGGAUAACUUCAUAAUGAUAGCCAGCAAGCAAGAGAAAAAAGGCCAGAGAACUGUCGUUGUCCCAAUUUCUCGAGAUAGUACUUGGAAGGUCCCCGAGUCCUAUAACUUAACGUCCACCGUCACGCCCAUGUUCACUGAGGCACAUGUCCGCACCGUCACAGACACCGAGCAGAUGCAGCACGAGACGCGCUCGGCCAGAUCGACAAAGUCUGUCAGAUCAACACGAUCAGAUGUUGAGGUAUCUGCGCUGAAUCCAAAUAUACACACACCUCAUGACAGCUCUAUCUUCGUCGAUGCCAUAGAGGAUCAACGAGGCUGUUAUGCAGCGCGAGGCGUCAUAUCUCAGGAGAACGCUGCGGCAAGAAUGGCACGAGUGCCUCCAGACAUUCUCAGUCACCCGCAGGACACACACGCCGCCUAUGAAGUAUCUGAGACACGUAUUCACGGUGCCCAAUCCAAUGGAGACCAGGAGAUCAUUUUCACCGGCUCGACGGGCCACAGGCCAGAAAGCAAGUACUCUGCCACCAACGAGUCCACUUACUCGCGAUCUAACUACGCCACAAGUGCCCUAGAUGGCAACGAGUGGGCCCCCGCACGUGGGCCUCGUAAGAUCGAAAAGAGUGACGACCACAAAUACACUGUAUAUGAUCCCAAUGCAGAGAGAAACGAAACGUAUACAACCAUAGGAAAGGACAACUUUCCAAAGAGACGUAAUUCGAAGAUCUUCGUGCAAGGGCUCACAGGCUCGGGACUGGAGGAGGUAGGGGGUACCCCAAAGAUGCGACGAAGGGGCUCCAAAGUCUCCCUGGAGAGAACAGACAGUACAGGGUCCAUUCAGGAUGAUCAGGCUUCCGCCCCAACAGGAGCUGGGACACCGAAGAUGAAACGCCGUGGGUCCAAGAUCGCUCUGUCUAAUAUUGACGAUGAAUCCCCUAGCAAGCUAGUUAAAAGACGUGGAUCUAAAGUCUUCACUCCAAAAGACAAGUCAGAGGAGCCGUCCAAGUUUGGAAGGCGCAACUCGAAGGUUGUCAGCAGUAACGCCGAGUCCAAGAAUUCUACUCCGAAGAUGACCCAGUCGAAGCUUCAAGAGUCGGAGCUAAAGGUGCCUCAACCGAUAGAGAACUAUACAAUUGAGCGUGCAACAGAAGAGGAGCUAAUGGAGCGUGCACGCGCUGUUGCAAAUGAUCCCGUUUCCUACUUACGGGAGCCAUCCAAUGUGAGCACGACAGGUAUGAACGAUCCCGUAUUUGUCCUUUGUGAUCCGUCUGCCUUCAGCCACGAAAACACAGACCCAGGAGUUAAGAUAAGUGGUGAGUCGUCAUCUCAUAAUGCCCCUGUCAGCAAACCCAGUAAUGCUCCCGUGGGUGGCCAAGUCAUGGGCACAAAGGCGUAUGCAAACGUACAGAACAACCGCGUUGGUCCUCGCACUGCUAACAAGCCCGAGGACCACGUGGUUAUUAUGGCAGACGAUAUCUACCGCGGUGAUUACAGCGAAGUGAGCGCUAGCACAUCUGUUGCUCCAGGUCCAGAGCACCCGUCUGAUGCAGGCAUCGUUUUUCUGGCGUCGCUGACAAAGUAG